GAUUUGGGUCGGGGUCCAUUCGGGUCCGGAUCUUUCGGAUCUAAAAGUUUAGAAUCCGAUAAGCUAAUUUCAAAUUUUCGGUUCUGGGUCGGUUUGGGUCGUGCCGAAUCCGGAUCGAGUCGGGUCUUAGAUAGUUAGACCCACUCGGGUAAUUAGAAUUUAUCGGUUCGGAUUCGGUUCGGUUUCGGGUCGGUUCGGUUUAGGUUCAAUCUAAAAAAGACCUAAAAAUACAAAAAAAUAUCUGAAAAUGUGUAUAUAUAUUAAACUAUGUGAGAUACAACAACAAUUUGUUGUCUCCUAGUGAUUGACCUCCAUGUUUUCUAGACAAAUAAUUUGUUUUUGAUUCCUCUUUGAUGCAUUUUAUUUAAUUUACAUUAUUAAUUCGGAUAUCCAUCGGGUUUCAGAUUUGGGUCGGAUCGGGUCUAAAACCCGCGGGUCCUCUGCAACAAGACCCGAUAGAAUAAUUUGAUCGGGUUGGUUCCUACCCGAACCGGGUUUUUUCGGAUUAGUUUCGGGUCGGGUCUUCGGGUCCGGGUAAAAUGUCCAGGCCUACUCCUCCCUCUCCAGAUCUGCUGGUAUCACUUACCAGAAGAAAAAUUAGUAAGCAAUCGUCAUAUGGCUAUGGAGAUUAAGGCUUCUCUCCUCCUCCUCAUAUUCUUAUCAUCUGCAAUCGUAUCUUUCUCCCUCUAUGAAGAUCAAGUCGGCCUCAUGGAUUGGUAACUCUUCUCUUCCUCUUCCGAAUUCGAGUAAAAUCAGCUCAGAAGUUUUCGAAAAUGUACUUCUACUAAGUCGAACUAUAGCUUUCGCGCCAAUCAAAUUAAUCUGUGAUUUAGUAUGUUAGAUAGAUCACUCUGUUGAGAAUUAAUUGAUUCACCGAUCACUAGUGAGUUUGAGAUAUUCGAUCGGGUCAAGCUUACUGGAUGUUGAUUUCGUUUUAAGUGUUUGAUUUAGAGGAGAAUCAAAUGUUGUUGUAUUGCGUAGGCACCAACGAUACAUAGGGAAAGUGAAGCACGCAGUGUUCCACACUCAGAAAGCUGGGAGAAAGCGUGUGAUCGUCUCUACCGAGGAGAAUGUUGUUGCUUCUCUUGAUCUUAGGCAUGGAGAGAUUUGUAAGAAGCUGCAUAUUAUCUCUCUCGUUUUGCUUCAUUCUCUUUUACACUCUUUACGCGGUUUGAUGCAGUUUGGCGGUAUGUUCUUGGGACAAAGGAUGCUAUCGAUGGUGUUGACAUUGCCUUGGGAAAAUGUAGGAAUCAUCUUCAUUACAUGUGGUGUUCAUCUAUUUCAGGAUGUACCCUGUGUUCUAAAAAUCGGUCUAGGCGGCGCCAACGUAGUAUCGAGUCUAAAAGAAAUGAUUUUUCAAACUGAUAUUUUUAAAAUUAGGUGUAAGCGUUCGAAAAAUCGGUUUAGACGGCCGACUAAACAUUAAUCUUCUAUAAAGCGCAUAACCACCGCCUGAAAAUUUCUUGAGCAGCACUAUUUGCUUUCACUUGCCGUAGUCUUGACCUCUGUUUUUGUUGGAUUGAAAUUAUUACAGACGUUAUCACCCUUUCGUCACAAGGAAGUAUGUUAAGAGCUUGGAACCUUCCUGAUGGCCAGAUGGUGUGGAAAACGUCGCUGCAUAGCGCUCAGAGUUCAAAGUCACUGUUAUCGGUACCGGUUAGUAGUAUAAGCCUAGGGGUUUUAGUUAUUUGGUACUACUGAUAGUUAUCUGAAAUCUUAGUUUGUGUCAUCAUAUCUUUGGUUUCUUGUUUUUGACUUAAGAGCUGUUUUGCAGAUAAAUUUGAAGGUUGACAAGGACUACCCUAUUCUUGCUUUCGGUGGUGGGUACCUUCAUGCUGUUUCUGCUAUAGAUGGUGAGAUUCUCUGGAAAAAGGAUUUCACAGCGGAAGGGUAUGACAGCCUUCACUUUAUAUUUCAAUGAGGUUGCUUCGAGUGCAGAUAAGCAUAUUAUAAUGCUUUUGGCAAUUGCCUCUCGCAGGUUUGAAGUUCAGCGGGUUCUUCAACCUCAUGAAAGCAGUAUAAUUUAUGUUCUUGGAUUCCUUCAUUCAUCUAAGGCUGUUGUUUACCAGAUUGAUCCCAGAACUGGAGAGGUAGUUGCACAAAAGAGCAUGGUUGUCCCUGGUGGAUUCUCUGGCGUGAUUUUGUCAGUUUCAAGCGAUAAAGUUGUUGUUCUUGAUUCAACGAGGUCAAUUUUGGUUACUAUUAACUUCUUAGAUGGGGAUAUUAGCUUCCACAAAACCCCUGUUUCAGAUCUUGUUGAGGAUUCUGGAAACGCUGAGAUUCUAUCACCUCGUCUUAGCAAUAUGCUUGCUGUAAAAGUCAAUAAACGCACUAUAUUUGUGAGGGUUGGUGGCGAAGGAAAGUUGGAGGUGGUAGAUUCAUUAUCUGAUGAAACAGCCAUCAGUGAUUCACUUCCAGUCGCAGAUGAUCAGGUGGCCUUUGCCUCAGUUCAUCAUGAAGGUAGCAAGAUUCACCUCAUGGUGAAACUUGUGGAUGACUUGGAUACUGUAUUGCUUAGAGAGAGCAUCGAAAUGGACCAACAUAGAGGGCGUGUGGAUAAAGUUUUCAUAAACAACUAUAUCAAGACAGACAGAAGUAAUGGAUUUCGGGCGCUUAUAAUGAUGGAGGAUCACUCACUCUUGUUACUGCAGCAAGGGGCGAUUGUUUGGAGCAGAGAAGAACGCCUGGCGUCAGUGACUGAUGUCACAACGGCGGAACUCCCUGUGGAGAAGGAUGGUGUAUCAGUGGCAAAAGUGGAACACACUCUCGUAGAUUGGCUUAAGGGACACAUGCUGAAGCUCAAGGGAUCCUUGUUGCUAGCAAGCCCAGAGGAUGUGGCAGCAAUUCAAGAAAUGAGGAUGAAGAGUUCCGGGAGGAGCACACUUACCCGUGACCAUAACGGCUUUCGUAAAUUAUUCAUAGCACUUACUCGAGCUGGGAAACUCUUUGCUCUCUACACAGGAGAUGGGAGGAUUGUCUGGUCUAUGCUGCUAAACUCUCCGAGCAAAUCAGAAGCCUGUGAACGCCCCAGUGGUAUCAGUUUGUAUCAGUGGCAGGUCCCUCAUCAUCACGCCAUGGACGAGAAUCCUUCUGUUCUUGUAGUUGGCAGGUGCGGAUCAGAUUCAAGUGCGCCAGGUGUGCUUUCAUUUGUAGAUGUCUACACAGGGAAGGAGAUUAGCUCAUCAGAUAUUGGUCACUCUGUCGUGCGAGUUAUGCCUCUUCCGUUUACCGAUUCAACGGAACAACGUUUGCAUCUGAUAGCUGAUACCGAGGGCCAUGUCCACUUGUACCCAAAAACUUCAGAGGCGCUACGCAUCUUUCAACGCGACUUUCAAAAUGUAUAUUGGUACACUGUCGAGGGUGAUGAUGGUAUCAUCAGAGGACACGGAAUGAAGAGCAGUUGCGCUGGCGAGACUGCAGAUGAGUACUGCUUUACCACCAAGGAGCUUUGGACUGUUGUGUUUCCUUCGGAGUCUGAGAAAAUCAUUUCAACACUAAUACGAAAACCAAACGAGGUAUUAAAUAUUGGUUUCUAAUCAUCAUAUGCUUCAUUUUAUUAAAUGUGUGAGUUGAUUGUAUUUUCCAGGUUGUUCAUACGCAAGCCAAAGUCAACACAGACCAAGACCUGUUGUAUAAAUACGUAUCAAGAAACUUGCUGUUUGUGGCCACCGUGUCACCAAAAGGCGCGGGUGAUAUUGGUUCAGUUACACCGGAGGAGUCAGCACUUGUGGUAUACCUCAUUGACACCAUCACAGGGCGUAUACUGCACCGUUUGUCACAUCAAGGCUGCCAAGGGCCAGUUCAUGCUGUAAGUUGUCACACUAUUGCAUGAGUCAGUGCAACUAUCUUAAACCUUUGAAAAUUGUUUGCAUGUAUUUAGUGAGAAUUGGGUUGUUUACCACUACUUCAAUCUUUGAGCUCACAAGUACGAGGUUACGGUCGUCGAGAUCUAUGAUCAGUCUCGGGCGGAGAACAAAAACGUCUGGAAACUAGUUUUGGGAAAGCACAAUCUAACAGCACCAAUCUCGUCAUACUCUAGACCAGAGAUGUUCACAAAGUCGCAGUCAUACUUCUUUGCUCAGUCGGUGAAAACCAUCGCGGUGACAUCAACAGCAAAGGGAAUAACAUCGAAGCAGCUUCUCAUCGGUACCAUCGGAGAUCAGGUUUGUAAGAUUACACAUCAUAUUAUGUAUAUAGAUACCUCCAUUGAUGAUUGGUGAACUGAUACUCAAAACUAUUCCAAUGAGUGAUUAGAUAUUGGCACUUGAUAAACGAUUUGUUAACCCCUCGCAAGCUGAGAAAGAAGAAGGAAUCAUCCCUCUUACCGAUUCAUUACCCAUCAUUCCUCAGGUACACUCAUACAUCCCUUUUUGGUUUCUGUGCCUAGUCCGUGUUUGUGUGAUUAUGUCGAUUCUAGUGAGCUUUGUCGUAUUAUCACAGUCAUACAUCACACACUCUCUCAAAGUAGAAGGUCUAAGAGGUAUUGUAACAGCUCCGGCCAAGCUAGAGUCAACAACACACGUCUUUGCCUACGGAGUUGAUCUCUUCUACAAAAGGCUUGCUCCUUCAAAGACGUACGACUCGCUGACCGAUGAUUUCAGCUAUGCACUUCUCUUGAUCACGAUUGUAGCACUCGUUGCAGCCAUCUACAUUACCUGGGUCGUUUCAAAGAAAAAGGAGCUAAGUGAAAAAUGGAGGUGAUUGGAUUCUUUCAAAAGUUUAAAGCCCUUUUUGGUUUUUCAUAGUUGUAGAAUGUUUGUGUUGGCAUUCUUAGAAAGAAAAAAAAAUUCUUGAUGUUAGGCUUUGGAAACUGAAUACUUUACAGACUCUUACUUGUGACCUUUGUCACAUAGAGUUUUGAGCUGAACCGUCUGAAAUUUUGAAGUUUAUAGAAAAGCCUAUGUCUGUUUUUGCAGAUUGGUUUAAGACCAAACCAGCUGCUUAUGUCGUCUUCGGAACAAACCUGUCUUUAUACGUAAAUAGUUUAAUCGUUACCCUAAGUAUUCACAAUAAGGGAGUUUAAGAUUCGUCAUCUAAUUUUUAAUUGGACAAUGUUCCCAUAUACACACGCACACAUGACAUCACAUGAUUAUACAAUUUACGGCUUUAAUAAUACGAGUUAUAAUCUCAGGGAGAACAAGUGUUAACGCCUGACAAAUUUGGUGCGAAUCAAUUAU